AUGCAUUGCCCGAAAGGUAGCACAGUCCCAAAGCUUGAGGCAGCUGACGGAACUACGGACUUGAAGAAUCCCUUUGUAAAGAAAGGCUACUUCAGCAAUCCACUGGUCCCUUUGGACACCUACAAGUGUUCGGGGGAGCUCUUUUGCCCCGGUGGUUCUCCGGGCACCUGCUUCGGAGACCGCGAAGGGCUCACAUGUGGAGAUUGCAAAGAGGGGUACUAUUGGACUUCCGAGAAAUGCGCGCCUUGCGGUGCUGUGCCUGCUGCCUGGGCGCUCUCGGUGGCAGUUUUGGUGAUCGGAGUUUGUGGUUCAUACUAUAUGCUGACCAGUAGCUAUACGGCGAAAGCCAGUGUGAUGAUGUGCACCACCGCGGCCUUGGGAAUGUUGGUGGCUUUAUUCCAGAAUCUGGGUGUCUUGAACACAGUUUCUGUUGAAUGGCCAGCCGGGUUGCGAGACCUCCUGGAUUUCGCUUCAGUCUUCACCUUUAACCUUGACGCUCUGGGCUUUAGCUGUGCUGCAGGAAGCAACGUGGCACGCUAUGUCAGCACCGCGUCAUUUUUCUGGAUAGUAGCUGUUGCGUUGCCCACCGUUGGGUUGCUCACGAACCUCAUUCCGAUAUUGAAACGUCGCGGCCUCGCCUGGGAGAAGUUCAAGACCAUCAGUACCCUUGGCCAGUUCUUACAGGUGGGCUUCACGACCAUGUGCAACGUCGGCCUGAUGCCUUUCAUGUGCUACCGACACCCGACCAAUCAAGAGAGCAUCUUGAAGUACCCCAAUGUCUUCUGUCGCACAGAGGAGCACACAAUCAUGCGCGUGUUUGGGGUGCUGGUGAUGUUCUUGGCCUUCAGCUUCUUCAUAGCUGCCUGCUACGCCGCCUAUCAAGCGCCACGCUGGUCUGGUAAACCCAGGCUAGCAGCGAUUCGCUUCUUGAUCUUCCGCUUCAGGCCCAACGUGUGGUAUUUUGGCUUGGUUUUGCUGGCGCGAGGACCUUUGCUGUCGAUGCCAGGGGUGAUUGCAACCAACAUGCCCAGCUUGCAACUCACCUUGAUGCACAUGAUUUUGCUUGGAUCUCUGUGCCUUCAGCUUUGGUUCCUUCCUUGGAAAUCUCCGAUCCUCAACUUGGUGGAUGGGCUCAGCGUCUCCCUUCUCGUCAUGCUGUUGGCAGGGUCGCUUGGAUAUGCCGACAACAGCGGGGAAGAGGCUGCACGUGUUCUGGCCCUGUUCGGAACCGUGAUCUCGUCCAUGAUGGUGGUGAUCUUGGGAGGAAUGGUGAUGCUUGGCCUUUGUGCCCUCUUCUAUCGCUCAGCCUUGGGAAGCUCCAAAGAACUGCGCAUCAUGAACCUUGGGAAGGUCCCAGAGGAGAAAGAUGUCUUUCAGAGCCUUUUGGACGUGGCCACCUUCCUCAAGGAAGAUGGACAGGGCAAAGAAAAAAACCUUUAUCUCUGA